ACCUGGCAGCCAAUCAAUAUGAUGGCCUCGGUGGUUGUCGGGGGCAACCGGAAGAAGUCUCUCACAUUGAAAGGCGUGGACCCGGAAACCUGCAUGAUCGUGUUUAAGAACCACUGGGCACAGGUGGUGAAGAUCCUGGAGAAGCACGAGCCGGGUCGUGGUGCGCUGAGUUUCCUCUCUGGUUAUGCCAGCAGCAGCAGUGGCGGCUCUGGAGCGUUACGCCUCGGCCCCAUCCCGGCAGACGAAGCCAGCGCCGUCCAGAACUACGUGGAACACAUGCUCUUCCUGUUGAUGGAGGAAGAGGCAGGACAAGGAGGAGCGAUGGGUCCCAUCCUGGAGUUUGUGGUUCUGGAGAGUGUGAUGGAGAGGCUGUUUCUGUGGAGCCUGAGGAGACAGUUCACUGAGGACAUGAAGCUGGAGCAGCUCAGGAUGUACCAGAUGCUUCUGUCUCAGGCCAGACAGCCUCUGCUGCACCACAAACCUGUUCUACGGCCGCUCAUGAUGCUGCUGGCCUCGUGUGCUGGAGCAGGAACCGACAGCGGCGGGGUGGUGGAGGCGGAGCUGGUCCUCCUGUUGAACCAGCUGUGCGUGGCUCUGGUCAAAGAUCCGUCAGUGCUGGAACUGUUCUUCCACACCAGUGAGGACCAGGGAGCCGCCAACUUCCUCCUCUUCUCCCUGCUCAUACCAUAUACACACAGACAGGGUUUGGUUGGGCAGCAGGCCAGAGACGCUCUGCUGCUCAUCAUGUCUCUGUCGGCCUCUGAGCCUCGAGUCGCCCAGCACAUCAGCGAGAACACAUACUUCUGUCCUGUGCUGGCCACAGGUCUCUCGGGUCUGUACUCGUCUCUUCCUGCCCGUCUGCAGGUUUACAGCGAAGACUGGCACAGUCUGGACCAGGCCGACUGGCAGCAGGUUCCAGCUCUUGUCCACUUCCUGCACUCACUGGACUUCUGCAGUGCUGUUACCAAGGUGGCUCAUCCCUCCAUCCGGUCUCAGCUGCUGGGUUACAUCUACAACGGCUUCUUGGUUCCUGUUCUGGCUCCUGCUCUGCACAAGCUGACGGUGGAGGAGGUGAUGACCACCACAGCGUACCUGGAUCUGUUCCUGCGCUCCAUCUCUGAGCCCGCCCUCCUCCAGACCUUCCUGUCCUUCAUCCUGCUGCACACGCACGACAACGUGCACAUACUGGACACACUGGUCAGCAGGGUCAACACACCUUUUCAGCUGGGUACGGUGUCGCUGGCUCUGUUCAGGACUCUGAUUGGUCUGUUCUGUGAAGACGUCAUGCUGCAGCUGGUGUUCAGGUAUCUGAUUCCCUGCAGCCACCUGAGCAGGAAGCAGCGCUCCUCCCUGAAGCAGAGAGACUGUUACUCCUCCGGUGCUGCCUCCUUCCUGCUCCUCAUGCCCUCCUGGUGCCCCGUGUACCUCCACAACACAAACGCAAACACACACUCGGAGCACAUCCACUGGCCCAAAGGAGCAGAUCUGUCAGUAUCCGACAGUGUUGGUUACUGCCGAGGUUCAGACUUUCUGAUGGACGUCAACUACCUCCACUACCUUAGGGACGCCCACCAGGCCAUUUCCACGUCCCACAGGGCAUGUCGGCUCUGGUCGGCCCCGUACGACGGGAUCAACCCUUCGCCUGACGAAUACCGAUCUGACACACCAGAGGACGACUUAGAAGAUGAGGACGAAAUCAUUCAGCGAGUCAAGAGUGACUCCAUCUGCUCUUUGGCCGUCACUCCUCCCCCCUCGGCCCUCUCCCCCACCCCCUCCUCCUCAGAUACCGUCUCCAUGGGAAACCAGGCAGGAAGAGCCAGUUCUGCCCUGGAGCUGGAGUGGGAUGACAUUUUUGCAGACGACGAUCUGUCUUCAUCCUCGCUGAUAAACACAGGGUUAGCAAAUGGCAGUGGGACUGUGGGUACAUCUCCCACAGUCCCGCCUCCUCCUCUACCUCCUCAACACAUCCAGGAAAUGCGACGCAGUGCGAUCAAGUUGGUGCACGGCUCGUAUGUAGAGGAAUCUGAGUUUGAGGACGAUGUCCUGGUCUAUGAUCUAGUCGCCCAGAAAGACACAAAGGCGGCCAUUUUGGAGCGAGUCAUGGCAGCGAAUCGACGGGCACGUGGAAGCAUCUCAAACUGCCAGCGAGCAUCGAUGGCACUGACGACAACAACAACGAUAACAACAAUGUUAGCGACAACAGGGAGGACGGUCAUAGAAACAGUUAACAGUAUCAUGUCGGCAAGGAGGAGGAGCGAGGAAGGAGCGAAGGAGGAAAGAAGAAGGAGUGAAGAUUAUGGGAAGGAGGUGAGGAGAAGGAGUGAGGACUGUGGAAAGGAGACAGGGAGAAGGAGGGAGGAAGAAGUUGAGACAAACAAGACAGAUGUACAAGGAGAGCCGAAGGGACAUCAAGUCAUCAUCAAUGGUUUCAAUGCAAAGAAUCACAUCAUCGAAGAAUGUGAUGAUGCUGAUGAAGAUGCCCAGGUGAAGAUGCUCAGCUGCAACCUCAAUCACAAGCACACAACACACCAACAGCAUAUACACAACAACACACAACAUCCCACGCCGCGUUUAGUGACAAACACUUUACCCAACGGCCAUUAUGAAUCUGAACCACAUCACCCUUUGGUUUCUGACACCAAAGCCAAGUCUCCAGAGCUGCCUCAUGACAAAGUCUCUGAUAACGACGACUUCCUGUCCCAGUACCAUGAACUCAUGCUCUCUGUCGGGGUGGAUCCAGACUGUGACGACAUCACAGAUGACAUCAGCACAUUUAGGAAGCGGAUCGUGGCGCUGAGGCAAAAACUGGAGGAGGAGGAAGAGGGGCUCAGCGAAGAAUUAGGUUUUAGCACCGCGUGGGAUGUCGGAGAGGUGGAGGGAGAGGAGGAGGUGAUGGAUGAGAAAGAGGAGGAGGAGAUGAGGAGCAGCAGUAAGAAGGACAGCAGGAGGCAUGGAGUUCCAUUUACAGGUCCGUUCAUCAGCGUCCUGUUGUCCCGGCUCGAGAACCUUCUAGAAAACUCCAUCGCUGUAAACCUGCUGGUGACGGGCAUCCUGGCCCAGCUGGCGUCGUACCCACAACCUCUGCUGAGAUACUUCCUGCUCAGCACAGACACAACACAACACCAGCCCAACCUACGCACACUGUAUCAGGUGUUGGUGUCGGUGCAUGCUCAGAUUGAGCGCUACGUGGCAGCCAGACCAGACUAUCCAGCCCUGGUGACCCAGGCCUGGAGGUUCCUGUUGGCUAAAGACCAGGACAGCAAGUUUAGAGAGAGCCUCCAGUCUCAGGGCGGCAACAUCAUCCUGGACCCGUCUCUUCCUAAUGGAUCUGUGAGGAACGCUCUGGCUUUGCCUCCUCUCAGCGUCCUGCCGUCCUGCCCUCCGAUCCCCCCCCAGUCCAAGAGCCGGGUGUUCGCCAUCGUCCUGUACGCCGAGUUCCUCAAGGAGCUGGCCGCCAUCGCCCAGGAGCACAGCAUCGCACUGGACUGUUCUGCCGAGGAAUAAUGGGAGUGUUGCCACCGAUGUGCCUGUGAGCAAGGCACGUCCGAAAGCUGCUAAACGGCCACGAGCAGAAGACUGAGGGAUCGUAAAGGUCCUAAACAUACAAGCACAAAACACACAGAUGAGAUUACUUCUCAAAGGGCAAUGCAACAUGUGAGUAAAUUAUAUUGUUUUUAUGCACGCACACACGCACACGCACACGCACACACGCACACACACUCUGUUCAUGCAUCCUGGCAGCACUUGAAUAUUUUGAUGUUUUCCCCACGAGCUUUGAUAUUUAUGGCAGUGAAAAUGAUCUGCUGGAGAUUAUUUUGAAGAUGAAUCAUUUUCAGUUUUCUAAAUAUUUAUGGGAUCAGUGCAGAUAGUUUUCCUCACUGUUUUUCUUAAUAAUAUAAAAGACAGAGGCUUCACUUGUCUGUUAUUUCUCAUUGCUGCAGCUGAAAUGAUGGAACUGAGCUUGUUUUCCUGAUGUGUCUUUUAUAUGCACAAACACAAACACCCUCACAGAGUAACGACAGAGCCUUAUUUCAACUGACAAUGAGAUUUUAGUGCAUUAAACAGAGAUGCAAACAUGAAAUUAAGAUGCAAAUAUCAGACCUGGGUUUAUCUCAUUUGCACGUGUAUCACUGUGUUGUGUUGUUUUUAAUGUAAACUGUGUGAUUUUUUAUGAACAAAAUUUCUUUUCUUUAUUUUUGCCCUUUUCCGCCUGAAAAAGUGACAUUAUCUGCUGUUCACCCGAAGCUGCUCAGCUCUCGGCUCAGCCCGCUGAGUGGCGAUACUGCCACUCGCUGGUGAACUGCUGUUAUGACACUUUUCUUCGUCUCAUCUUUCCUUUUGGAAAAAAAUAUUGCCAAUGUGAUGUGAAAAUAAUCUGAUUCUGAUGAUCAGAUUUUCAGAAGGCCAUAAAAUAUCCCACAGGUUGUUCAUGCUUUGUCUUUUUCUUUCUGACUGUUCACAUGUCUUUAUUAUUUUUCAUUAUUCAGUGCUUCACCAGGGUCUUUAAUGUAUUUGGAGGCGUCCCUGGUCUAAAAGUGCCAUGAAACAAUGUUCAGCUACUAACUUUAUGCAACAGUCUGCAGCUAAAAUGCUGAUAUCAUAUCACGUCAUCAUAUUUAAGUUCGGCACAUCUGCAACCCCCUGGUCUGGGCUCUUCUGUGCGGAGUUUACAUGUUCUCCCUGUGCCUCUGUGGGUUUUCCCCUCCCACAUGUACAUUAGGUUAAUUGGCUACUCUAAAUUGCCCCUAGGUGUGAGUGUGUGUGUGUGGUUGUCUGUCUCUGUGUGUCAACCAUGUUGACCGGUUGCUGGGACAGGCUCCAGCUCCUCUGCGACCCUGUUCAGGCAGUACAGAAGAUGGAUGGAUAAUAAGAAUAAUAAAACAACAGCAUUUUCAAAAACUUCCUCAUUUUAGUUUUAGAUCCUAAAACUUCUGCACAGCACUGCAGACUGUACGUGACAGUCCCAAGCUUUCUGUGGUUAGCUAGUUCCUGUCAGGUGCUGUUAAUUUAAAUAUAUAUGAACACAGGGAUGAGAGAGACACAGUGAGACACAAACAGUAGAGAGACAGUGGCAGCCUUCUGUCAGCUGGGAGGUGGUCUAAGUUUUUCAUCUGAAGAGAAAGACGAAGAGGACGAGGGGUGAUGAUGGUGAUGAUGAAGGGUUACCUGCUGAUGUUGGCUCUCGCUGCCACACUCAUCUUAUCAAGGGGAGAAGAUAACUAUGUUGAAAUGCAUUUCAACUUUUCAUUAUACGAAUUUGAGUACUACGACCUGUUCAACCUCUCCUCCUCAGUCAACACCAGCUCCAUCUCCUCCUCCUCCAAAGUUGACCUCAAUCUCCCCUGUCUGGUCUGUCUCCUCCUGGUUCUGUGCAUGCUGGCACAUUAAAGAGCAUUUUCUAUCACACUUGUUGUGAUGACGUUUUGUUGAACUGUGUAAUCAUGUAAACUUUUAGAAUCUGCUUCAUGAAACUGUACUGUAUUCCCCCUCAUUCGUUCUGAUUUUCUUGCCUGAUGUAUUGACACUGACUACACACAUGCAGAGGUGGAGAGCAGAUUUUACAUGUAAACACAGAAUCAACUUGUAAAACUAGAGGCUUCUGUGUAGAUUAAAACUAUCCACCUCGAGCAGCAGUGACUUUAAAAUGCUGCAUGUGUUGAUGCAUCAUUAGUUGCAUUCUAAGAUACCACCACUGACUACGUGUAAAGCAGGAUGUGAAAUACAGUGA